AUUGAUUCAUUGAAUUCACCCCCACAUGCCUACAGCCGUCUUCAAUUUCUCGUCUCGUGUAUCUAUCUAUAUAUCUCCUUUACCGAUUCUUCUGCAACUUUUGUGUGUGAACUGAACUGAGAAAUGGCGAGAAGACCGGAUGACGAGUACGAUUACUUGUUCAAAGUCGUACUCAUCGGAGAUUCAGGCGUCGGUAAAUCCAAUCUUCUCUCUCGAUUCACUCGAAACGAGUUUUCUUUAGAAUCUAAGUCCACUAUUGGCGUUGAAUUCGCCACGCGUACUCUUCAAGUAGAGGGAAAGACAGUGAAGGCACAGAUAUGGGACACAGCAGGGCAAGAACGAUACCGGGCCAUAACCAGUGCUUAUUACAGAGGAGCCCUCGGGGCACUUCUGGUAUAUGAUGUCACAAAACCGACUACUUUUGAUAACGUGAGCCGGUGGUUAAAAGAACUAAGGGACCAUGCUGAUUCAGACAUUGUGAUCAUGCUUAUUGGCAACAAAACCGAUCUUAGACAUUUGAGGGCUGUUGCAACUGAGGACGCUCAAACGUUUGCUGAAAAAGAAGGUCUUUCUUUCAUUGAAACAUCCGCUUUAGAAGCGGUGAAUGUCGAGAAGGCGUUUCAAGGGAUUCUAGGUGAGAUUUAUAGGAUAAUUAGCAAGAAAUCUCUUGCUGCAGCAGGGAAUCCAACAGCUGGUGCUAGUGUGAAACAAGGCGAGACACUUGUGGUUGGAGCACAGGAUGGGAAUAAUACCAAAAACAGUUGUUGCUCUUCAUCCUAAUUGUUUCUGUACUUGAUUCUUCUUGUUGAAUAGAAAUUUCUGGCCUGGUUGAUUUAAUAGCUUUUGUAGAUGAAAAUUUUGUAGAUUU